AUGGUAAAUAUCGGGCUGUCUACGCCUGGCCAUCCAAACCGAGGAUUGCAGCUAUGGCUCGUCGGGGUCGUGAUGGUCUUGGUGGCCGCGAUUUUCGUGAUCGUGCGCCUGGCCGCGAGAUAUGUUCGAAGCGGGAUCCAGAUGGAUGAUUGGACCAUUUUCGCUUCAUUGACUAUUUCAGCGAUGUUUACCCUUUCUCACAAUAUAGCCAUACAUUAUGGAUAUGGGCAACAUUCUAUGGACCUCGAACGCGAUCGAAGGAUCUCCGCACUCAAAGCUUUAUUCGUCUGCCAGGUGCUUUACAAAGUGGUCAUUUGCCUGACCAAAGUAUCGAUAUUAUUGCUCUAUGUGCGGGUCUUCUCGAUAGCCAAGAACUUCACACGGUGCUGUAUUGCCAUGAUUGUAUUCACAAUCAUAUCGGGGAUAGCUUUUCUCGGCCCAACGAUCUGGCAGUGCAGACCAAUUGCCUCCUACUGGGACCGUUCCAUAAAGCACGUUUGUAUAAGUAACCAUGCCACUUGGUUAUCAUACGCCUUGAUCAACAUAGUUACAGACUUCAUGAUACUAUUGCUUCCGGUGCAGCAGGUGCUCCGCCUUCAGCUGAAGCUCCGAGAUAAGAUUUCUAUUAUUAUGAUUUUUAUGCUUGGUGGAUUUGUCUGCAUAACUAGCAUCAUCCGAACUACCAGCCUUGCUGCAUCAUCGAACCUCCAGGAUGUCACCUGGCAUACCAUCGGCGUUUCGGUCUGGAGCACAAUCGAACUCAACACAGGCAUCAUUUGUGCCUGUCUCCCCAUGAUCCGCCAACCGCUCUCGUUUAUUUUCCCCAACCUCUUCUCUGCCUCGGAUCGAAGCAAUUCCCACCCAUACGAGCAUUCAUAUAUGACUGCCUCGCGGCACAAAUCCCGCUGUGAUCGCUCUGUGCCGACGGCAAAUCGGAACUUAACCUGGACCCGAGACCAUGCCGACCACGUAUUCAUUGCGUCUGUGAAACCGGGUGCGCGGGACGGAUACAUGCAUCGAACAGAAAGCGAAGAGAACAUGAUAGACCUGGAACUUAUGGAUCCCAACGGGAAUGGGAUCAUAAAGACAACAAACGUGUCUGUCUCAGCGUUCACGAGGUCUGACUAUGGUCCCUCGCCGUCACAUAGCACGAAGUAA